CUACAGCAACACACGCAUACACACUUACAUACGGAACCGUUUAUGACGGCUUAGAUGUUACACUCGUGCAAACGUUUAUCACCUGAACAAUUCAUUUUGAUCUAAAGAUUAAAUGGGUCUGUUUCUAAGUCAAAACUAUCUUUUAGACAGAAUUGCAUCUUCGUCCCGUUUCACCUGAACCUGUUACCUUUUUUUUGCUGCGGUAUAAAUGCAUUUUUUAAAAUAUUUUUUUUAUUUCGGGGAAUAUUUUCAGUCCUAGCAGUACACAAAAAUCUAUGCACUGCACACAAAUAAUGGCAAAUAUGUUAAAAGUGGAAAUAAUUCCAUGUCUACCUGUGUUUCAAUGGGACACAUAUUUCUGUUACACCAGACUGUUUAUACCGGAAGCGAAGCACUGCGUGGAGGAUACGAAGGCCGGUUGUUCGAAGUUUGCCUGAGGGGGAAUGCCGAAGGCGAAACCAAAACAAAUUAUAUAAUUAAACAUCUACGUGAAUUAUUCUGUGUUCGUUCGGCGCAAUUCGUUAUGCCCUAACGUCAUGCCCGCCGCACACGUCACAAACUCGUCCCAGGAUGUUGGUCGGCUACAGCAGCAGCAGCUCGGAGGACGACAGUGAAGCGGCGACCGACCGACACAAAAGGGGGUCUCCAAAGUGUCAAGAGCAAGAUGGUGGUAACAAUGUCAGCCCAGCGAGGAAGAAACCCAAAAUUGAGGAACAGGUUUCUAAAACUAGGCUGCCUCUUCCUGGUUGCCUAUUGGACAUGUUUCCAGAGGAUGUGAGCUCCCCGACUGAAGACAGCUCUCUUCAUGGCGGACGCGUCCGCUCCUUCAAGCAUGAGAGAGGCAGCUGGGCCACUUAUGUUUAUCUACCAUACCAUCCCGAGGAGGAGUUUGGGGAGCUAUUGGAGGAGCUGCUCUCGUUAGCCGGGGCCGGCGGGGCAGUUUGGACCCCGCAGGAGGAGCUCCACCUCAGCCUCUCUCAGACGGUGGUGCUCCGACACCACUGGAUCCAGCCCUUCAACCGUAGCCUCAGGGCCGGCCUGGUGCACUGCAAGAGGUUUGUUUGUUUGGCAGGGCGACUGAGGAUCUACUGUAAUGAUGAGAGGACGAGGACAUUCCUGGGGAUGGAAGUGUGUACUGGUCAUGCUCCGUUGUUGGACCUGGUCCAAGCAGUGGACAGAACAAUGAAGGAGUUUCGUCUGGAGACUUUUUAUAAGGAACCAUCUUUCCACGUGAGUCUGGCCUGGUGUGUCGGAGACUUGACGGGACAGAUGGGGGAGUGCCUUCAGGGGAUGCAGAGAGUGGUUGAUGACCACGAAGAGGGACCAUUUCUGCUGCGAUUGGACUGCGUAGAGCUGCGCUGCAGGACGGGAAACAAGACUUUCCGCUUCCCUCUGGAGCCCUGAAAUUUUAUUACUCAGCCUUUACUACGGUGUGAAUGUUUGAAGCGAUGUUUAAAGUUUAAAGCAUGGAAGAGCAGGAAGAGGAUGAUUAAGGCUCUGGAAAAUAUUUUAAAAAUAUGAAUUGUAUUUUAAUACUGUAUAUGAAUAAAGUUGCAACUACUUUUGUA